GCAAAGAGGACUGCAGGAAAAUAACCCGAGGCUGUGAUGCUUACUGUCUGUCGGCUUCCCCUUUAGUUGCUGUGCGCCACAACUCUUUGCAUCCAUCCCAAGGUCCAACAGCCGCGGCCCGAUACGAUUUGCCCGCCACUGGUUUGGUGUUGACGUGUACGUACAGUUAGGGGAGAAAAAAAAAAAGAUCCAGCCAGCAACAAAAACCACAUGCCAACAACACAAUCAGCCGAUCGUUCAAUCAACCUCAAGCCGCAAACUUGCUUAGAUGUGCUUCUCCUAUUUCACACCCCAACCCACUGCUUGACAUCUUAUUUGCCGCCAUAUCGUAUUCAUACAAAUAUACAAUACCCUGGGGAUUACUUCAUUUGCAAGAUCCCUACGGACUCGGACAAACUCCCCGCUGCUUAAUCCUUAUCCGCCUCGUAUUCACAUUGACAAACUACGUACCUGCGCUACUUAUCCACAUAUCUACCUUACCCGACUGCGCGGGGCUGCUUAUCGUAGCCAUCUGGUCUGUCGCCGCGACCGCCAGUGACCAUGGCCACGAUAGAUGACACCCAGAACCAUGUCCAACUGAAUGCAGAGUCUAGCCCAGACGCACCUCCGCAGCAAUCAAGCGCGGGCAAGGAGGAAUAUCCAAGCCUUCCUCCUGCCCCGCUCCCUGACAUCGACGGUAGCUCCGAAAAUGGCCAUAUAGCCGCCGACGCUGUCCCUCCGCCCACGGAGUCGACCGAACAGCCAUGGAACAAGGUAGCUAGUGGCGACUUCAUCCAUGAAACCAAGAUUUCUAGCGAAGACCAGGUCAACCUUGCCAGGCCCGGCAGUCUACCAACUCCCGAGCCGAGCCGUAGAGGCAGCAACACACUGGUCGGCAGCCCGCGUCAGGGUGAGGGUUUGCAAUUGCUCAUGGAAGAGUUCGCAGACGACGAAUCAUCAGACACAUCGUGGGACAUUCAAGAGGCCAUCAGGAGUCGCACCCAGACCUUGACGGAGAAGAACCACCAGGGAAUAUUCUCAAAGCAGCGGCGGGCUAACCAGGCCAACACGGCAGGCACGGUAACCAGUGCCAACGCUUGGUUGCCGGCUGGCUUCGAGGACGACCUGGACGAAGUCACUGGUGCUGACGAUGAGUUCGAACCCACGCGGGGGAGACGUUGGAGAGUGAGACUGGCGCCCCUGAACACUCCUAUUCAUCGCCGGAUGCAGACCCUGGUGGUCCUGCUACACGUCCUCGGCAUGGGAAUCACUUUUAGCUUUUUCUGCUUCAUGUGCACGCUCCCCCUGUUUUGGCCCAUCAUCAUCACCUACCUCGUAUUCAUUAGACUGUCGAGAGCUGGAUCUGAUGGCAAGACGAACCGUCGCGUAGAAUGGCUCCGUAGGGCUCGCAUCUGGAAGUACUUUGCCGAUUACUUUCCUGUCAAACUACACAAGACUGCCGACCUGCCGCCCACCCGCAAGUACAUCUUUGCGGUUCAUCCACAUGGAAUCAUCUCGCAUGGCGCCUUUGCCUCGUUCGCCACGGAAGCGCUGGGCUUCUCUGACAAGUUCCCGGGCAUCACAAACAGUCUGUGCACUCUGCACGGCAACUUCAAGACGCCCUUCUACCGCGAGUAUCUCAUGGCCAUGGGCUUGAUAUCGGUCUCAAAGGAGUCCAUUAUUAACACUUUGAUGACCGGCGGGACCAACGGUGAAGGCAUGGGCAGGGCCGUCUCCAUCAUUGUCGGUGGGGCGCGAGAGGCACUCGAGGCCUGUCCCAAGACGAUGCGCUUGAUACUAAAGCGGCGGGGCUUUUGCCGCAUGGCGCUGCGCACCGGCGCCGACCUUGUGCCGGUGCUGUGCUUUGGUGAGAACGACCUCUACCAGCAGUGGGGGCCGCAGGACCACCCACGCUUCCGUCGCCUGCAAAUGAAGGCUCUCGCGUACCUAGGCUUCGCGGUCCCCGUGUUGAGGGGAAGGGGCGUCUUCAACUACGACUUUGGAGUUCUUCCGCAGCGACGGCCCAUCAAUGUCGUUGUUGGCGAACCUAUCAAGGUUGAGCAGUUCCGGAGUGGCGGUAACAUUGAGCCACGCGUCGAGGAGUUGUGGAAGCUAUAUUGCCAGAAGCUCCAAGAGCUGUACGACCAGAACAAGGACGUGUACUUCAAGGACCGAAAGGAGGAAAUGAGGUUUGUUGACUCGGAGGAGUUGUGAAGAUGCAACCACGGAAGUAGUUGGAUAGGUGAUACUGUUUUGUUCUCUUUGUUUUCUUUACGUAUUUGGUUUUAUUGCACUAUGUCUAGCGCCUGAGUACUUUAGUUGCACCUUAAAAGCACACAUGAUCGCGAAACUUCAGGCGUUAUGGCAUCAAGAUGGAAUAACCCAUGUGACGAGAGCGUUGGUCUCGUGCUAAGUGUGUUUGGUCGUG